GUGUCUGGAGAGGAGAGGCUUGGGUGACAGGCGAGGGGUGGGGGUAAGAGUUCAGCCUGACUCACAGUCUCAUUCACGGAUUUCGCCGCCGCUGGACCGAAGCUGCCUCCCCAGACAGCUCCCAACUACUCCAGCACCUCCACAGUCCCCACUUCGCGCCGCUCCACUCUCAGCCAGACGUUCUAACCGACAGACUCGCGAGUUGGCAUCUUUGCGCCCGAGGGUGUCGCAAGCCGAGGCGGCGAGGACAGGGCGCCUCUGACCCAGCCUGCCGGGCGGUAUGCGGCGCAGGCAACAGCGCUAAGCGCCCCCACUCUGGGCACAGGGCGUACUCGCUCCUGGCGGCGGAGGGCAUGCGCCCGGGACGGGCAACGCUCCUGCCGCGAGCUACCGCCCCGAGGUGGACCCCAAGCAGGGCUCAUCGCAGGACUGCGCGGACCCCUGCCACCCGGGGCACGCGGCUGCGGAGCCUCGGGGCCGCAUCUGCGGUCAGGAUGUCCUGGGUGCCUCUCUGCUGGUGAGGAUGUCCUGCUGCGCGGCUCUGCAUCCCCAGCCCCGGUCCCUGGUGGGCACGACUGAGUGGGCCCGACUUCGGCCCCUCGUGCUGGUGAAUGAAAAGCGCCGGAGUCCCUGAGUACGAUCAGCGAUCGAACCUGAAUUUUAAGAGCCAUGGACGAAGGCACUGGGCUGCAGCCCCCGGCGGGAGAGCAGCUGGAAGCACAAGCCACAGUAGGAGCUGUCCACGAGAAGUGCGACCCAGAGACCUUUAGGUCCAAGAGUUUACCGGUCCUGAAUAGCGCCUCCUGCCGGCCAGACCUCAGUCCUGCGAGUGCAGGAGCCAAGCCAGCCAUGGGCUGUACAGAUUCUUUGGGCCAUCAGGUGUUGAAGCAAGGCCCAAGACGGCUGGCCCCCAGUCCCUCUGCUCCUUCCACUUCCGCAGAGAUGGCAGGGCUCAUGGAAUGUAACCACAGGGUGGAAGUCAGCAAAGCUGUGUCGGUGUCCUCCACUUUGGCCACGCUCCAGGGGAGAAGGUGCCUCUAUGUGGUCCUCACUGAUUCCCGUUGCUUCCUGGUUUGCAUGUGCUUUCUGACCUUCAUCCAGGCGUUAAUGGUGUCUGGGUACCUGAGCAGUGUCAUCACCACCAUCGAAAGGCGCUACAGUCUGAAGAGUUCCGAGUCGGGGCUGCUGGUCAGCUGCUUUGACAUUGGGAGCCUGGUGGUGGUGGUGUUCGUCAGCUACUUUGGCGGCCGGGGUCGGAGGCCCCUGUGGCUGGCCGUGGGUGGACUUUUCAUUGCAGUGGGGGCUGCCCUCUUUGCUUUACCUCACUUCAUCUCGCCUCCCUACCAGAUCCAAGAGUUGAAUGCCUCUGCUUCAAACGAUGGUCUGUGUCAGAAUGGCAACGCCACGGCGCCUUCGGACCCUCCCGCCUGCCUGAAGGACUCAGGAGGAAAUAAUCAUUGGGUCUAUGUGGCUUUAUUCAUUUGUGCACAGAUUCUCAUUGGGAUGGGUUCCACACCUAUUUAUACCUUGGGACCAACCUACUUAGAUGACAAUGUCAAGAAAGAAAACGCAUCCUUGUACCUAGCCAUCAUGUACGUCAUGGGAGCACUUGGUCCUGCCUUGGGAUAUUUACUAGGUGGACUUCUUAUUGGUUUUUAUGUCGAUCCCAGAAAUCCCGUUAACCUUGACCAGAAUGACCCUCGUUUCAUUGGAAACUGGUGGAGUGGAUUCCUCCUUUGCGCCAUUGCAAUGUUUCUUGUGAUAUUCCCAAUGUUUACUUUUCCAAAAAAGCUUCCUCCUCGACACAAGAAAAAGAAAAAGAAAAAAUUUUCUGCUGAUGUUGUUAGUGACGAUGACGUUAUGAAGGAGAAAUCAAACAAUAGUGAACAAGUGGACAAAAAAGUUUCUUCUAUGGGAUUUGGAAAGAAUGUCAGAGACCUACCAAGAGCAGCUGUCAGGAUCUUAAGCAACAUGACAUUCCUUUUUGUGAGUUUGUCAUACACAGCUGAGAGUGCCAUUGUAACUGCUUUCAUUACCUUCAUUCCCAAGUUCAUCGAGUCACAGUUUGGUAUCCCAGCUUCCAAUGCCAGCAUCUACACUGGUGUAAUUAUUGUCCCCAGUGCUGGUGUUGGCAUUGUCCUGGGAGGCUACAUUAUAAAGAAAUUGAAACUUGGUGCAAGAGAAUCUGCUAAACUUGCCAUGAUCUGCAGUGGUGUGUCUUUACUGUGUUUUUCAACCCUAUUUAUUGUUGGGUGUGAAAGUAUUAAUCUAGGAGGCAUAAACAUCCCGUAUACAACAGGACCUUCUCUCACCAUGCCUCACAGGAACCUGACAGGAAGCUGCAAUGUUAAUUGUGGUUGUAAGAUACACGAGUACGAGCCAGUCUGCGGAUCAGAUGGAAUUACAUACUUUAACCCUUGUCUGGCUGGCUGUGUUAACAGUGGUAAUCUUAGUACUGGGAUAAGGAAUUACACAGAAUGCACCUGUGUCCAAAGCCGGCAAGUGAUCACUCCACCCACGGUGGGACAGCGCGGUCAGCUCCGUGUGGUUAUUGUCAAAACCUAUCUCAACGAGAACGGCUAUGCUGUGUCCGGGAAGUGCAAACGAGCCUGCAAUACCCUUAUCCCAUUCUUAAUUUUUCUCUUCAUUGUCACCUUCAUCACAGCAUGCGCCCAACCGUCAGCCAUCAUAGUGACACUCAGGUCAGUAGAAGAUGAGGAGAGACCUUUCGCGCUGGGAAUGCAGUUUGUUUUACUGCGAACACUUGCAUACAUUCCUACGCCAAUUUACUUUGGCGCCGUCAUCGACACCACGUGCAUGCUCUGGCAACAGGAAUGUGGAGUGCAAGGCUCUUGCUGGGAGUACAACGUGACAUCGUUCCGUUUUGUCUAUUUCGGUUUGGCGGCUGGCCUCAAAUUUGUCGGCUUUAUUUUCAUUUUCCUGGCCUGGUACUCCAUUAAGUACAAGGAGGAUGAGCUGCAGAGGCGACAGUGGAGAGAAUUCCCUUUGAGCACUGUGAGCGAGGUGGUGGGUCACACCGACAAGGCCGAUAAGUAUGCCCGGACUAGAUCGUGCCCGGCUUUCAGCAGCCAGGGGGAUUUCCGUGAAGAGACUGGUCUGCAGAAAGGGAUCCAGUACACAGCACAGACCUAUCCGGGGCCCUUCCCGGAAGCAAUAAGCUCCUCCCCAGACCCGGGGCUGGAAGAGAGCCCUACUGCCAUGUAGCCUCCCUCCUGAAGCUUGAAAACGGAAGACUUUAGUUUUGUUGGUUGAGUUGAAUAUGGCAACUUGAGAAACACCCGUGCCUUCUUUUCUUUCUUUCUUUUUUUAACCUCUAAAGAUGCAAUCCUCAAACCAACAAAACUCAGUAUACACAGCCACUAUUGAGUGAGGGCUGGAUACCUCAACUAGACUGAGAGCCUUUACCCCCUUCUCUCCAAGAAGGAGGAGUUCAGACAGAUUUGUUACCAUUUCUGCUAUGUGAAUUUCAUGCUCGUGCUCCAGGGUGGCAUAAGGCUGAGAGGCGCCUGGUUAAUGAAAUCUUGGGAAGUGUAUUGGUAGUACAUAUCAUUAGCAUACACUCCAGACAAAGGUGAGCUUGACCAUGACUUUGCAUUUACAAAUCAGUUUUUAAAUAUGAACACCUACUGUGAGUUCCGCUACAAAGCACAAACGGAUUUGCCUCAACUAUGCAAUUUUGAUUGGGAAAAUGUAAGUGCAGCAUGUUACUUUUUCUUUUAAGAGACUAAAGCAGAUACAUUUUUGAAAAGAGGACAAUAAACCUUUCCUAAAGUACUGUUAUUAGCAUUUUAAGCCAUAGCAGAAUUAUAAAUCAGGUAGAAUUUUUCAAAUGCUUCAAAGGAAUCAUAUGCAUAGUGUGAUAAAAGGAACAGCUACUUUAUUUCAUAAGACACUUUCUUUUUUAGUCUGUCUGCCCCAUCAUAAGGUAAAGAGUCUGCUGAAUCGUCAAUCUGAUAGCUUGAGUGUAAACCCCGGUAUUCUCCUGCCAGAGGCUUUAAAACUAAUGUGCUAAACAGUAUGGCUGGAACCUGACUUAAGAUGCAUCAUAAGGAGAGAAACUGAUGGCUUUCUCAUCCAAAGAUGAAAUUCAUUCAUUCAUUCAUUCAUUCAUUUCAAAGAUGAAAGCAGAAAUUCUUUUAGCUCUUGUGGGCCCGCACAAGGGUAGCUAAGAAUCGUAACCUUGACACUCAGAAUAGUUGGAAAAAGAAAUUCCACAGAGGUAAGACCGAGUCCCAUCUGAUCGUUUUAGUUAUACGCCUAGAAACCCUAGCAAAUCAUUUUCUUUCUUGUGUACAGAAAAUUGCUGUGGUUGCCCCCUGAAGUUGAGUAAUUAAAUCAGGAAAGCUCAUACCUGUGAUAAGAAAAUCACUCUGAAUACAGGAGGAGGCGGAUCUGUGAGCUGUGAGAGUCUGAUCCUAAGUCAGGACUGAAAAUUACUUAAAAUCAACUCUCUGUCAUACUGAAUUCCCUUUAUCAGAGCUAGAACGAUUUUACAUCUCUCUUUGAUUCUUUCCUCCUGUUAACCGUCCCGAAGUGAUUCUUCGAGAGGAUUUCUCUGUUCCUAAAUGCACUUUGUGCUCAUUAUCCAUCAUCCUUUUGAGUUCCUCCCAGCACAUCGCUUUGACUUAGGUGCCACACAGAAUGCUUUCUACAUGAUUCUUAAGGUAGAUGCUUCCUGACAGCACUCUGGACUGACAGCAAGUUAACUCAUGGGGUCUUGGUUGCUCAGAAAAAGAAUCCUGACAACCCGGAUGUCGGAGGGACGCCGAAGGUCCAAAUACCAGUAUAAUUGUGAACAGUUUCUGCCAAGGAGGCUAUGAUUAUGUAGGGGCUAAUUUAGGAACUGAUUUCCUUGGCUGGCUUACACUCUUCCGUAGAGGGGAAGUGAGUGACAGAACUGUCCCGUGAUUCAAGCUUUCUGCCCUUCAUCCUUGGAGGAGCUGGUGGAGUUGCAUGAACAUUCCUGGGUUCAAGGUCAUUUUCCUCUCCACCUAAGAACGGUGUUGUCAAAUGGUUCUUUUGGUGGCAUGUGGUUUGUGGCGAGGGUUAUUACUAUUAGACCGAAUAAUGUCUGGAAGGGGUGGAGCCAGUGGUCUCAGGUGACAAGGACUGCCCUCGAAAUGGUCUCAUUUGGCUGAGUCGUAAGUCUGCUGUUGCCUGUAAUUACACUGGUGUCUGUCCAACUUGUCUCCACAUGGUAUAUACAGAGAACAUUGUUGAUUCACUUAGUGUCUACUCUGGUGCCUCAGGGUUCCCCUUUACUCUCUAAAAGAUCUUUGAUCUUUUAGGUCUGUUAGAAAGUUUCCUUUUGUGUUAGAGCUGAAGAUAAACAGGUUGGGGAGAGGUGGUAUUUGCAAAAGAAUUGCAUCGAGAGAAUUUGGAUGGAAUUAGCACCUUUUUUUUUUUUUUUUAAAGCUAAGAUUGUUCUGUUCCAACACUCUUAGGAUCUGUCUCUUCCUGGUAGUGUAUUUUUUUUUUAAGAUUUUAUUUAUUUAUUUGACAGACAGAGAUCACAAGUAGGCAGAGAGGCAGACAGAGAGAGAGGUGGAAGCAGGCUCCCUGCUGAGCAGAGAGCCCGAUGUGGGGCUUGAUCCCAGGACCCUGGAAUCAUGACCUGAGCUGAAGACAGAGGUUUUAACCCACUGAGCCACCCAGGCGCCCGCUGGUAGUGUAUUUUGAAAAGGAGCUGCUCUCAGAACUCCAGGGUAGGAAGUGACAGAUUCUUCACGUAUAAUUAGACAGUCCCCUUUCUCUACACUGAACAGUCAUCCAUCCAGUUCAGCAACCAGUGACCAAUUCUCUAUCAGGCACUAUUUCAGCCAAUUACCAUCUGCUGCUCUGUGAAAUUCUUCAGGUCGACUGGCCAAAACUCAAAGAAAUUAGCCUAAAUUGUAUACCACAAUUGUUAAUAUUGUACUUCCUCAAGUAUGUGAUACUUAUAAAUAGAGGGUGUAUCAUUCAUGUGUUGUUGGUUAAUGUAGAAUAAGUAGUAAAAAUCACAGAAGACUGAAGUUUUAGAAUACGUACCGAUCAAGAAUUGUCCCCCAACUGCUUUGGGUCCUGGUGGCAUCCUUGGAAUAUUGCAUAGUCAACUAAAGUGACUAUCUUAUAAAUGGCACCAUUUAACUGUAGAUAUGAGGUUCUCACAUGUUGGUAACUUUACAGUCACAACUCCUAUUUUAAAUUUAACUCCCAUUUUCCAUGAACUUAGGCUUCUAAAUACUUGUUUUGGAAAAAGGUCAUCUUGUUCUUUUUUUAGCCCUGUAGAUUAAUGUAUUAUUUGGCUUCAUAGGCAUAUAUAAUAUCCUUGAGUCUAGCCUAUUAAUUUAGAAACUCCCAGGGGGAGGGUGGGUGGUUGAAGCACAUUUUUGUUAUCUUCAUUAGUAUGAAGUCCUCUUUUAGAUAGGUUUAAUUCUUGAAAACUUUCAAAAGUCAUUCAGAACUAAGGUCGGAGGAGAAAGGAGGAGCAGAGAAGAAACAAAUUAGCUUUUGUGGAGUGUUGAGUAUUUCAGAGAAUUUUGUUAAGUAUUUAAUAUACAUCAUUUAUUUAUUUUUUUUUUAAAGAUUUUUAUUUAUUUAUUUGACAGAGAGAGAUCACAAGUAGAUGGAGAGGCAGGCAGAGAGAGAGAGAGGGAACCAGGUACCCUGCUGAGCAGAGA